CAGACCAGCGACCAGGUGACCAUUGACUCCGCACUGGCAACCCAGAAGUACAACGUGGCUGUAAAGUGUGCCACCAUCACACCUGAUGAAGCCCGGGUGGAAGAGUUUAAGCUGAAGAAGAUGUGGAAAAGUCCCAAUGGUACAAUCAGAAAUAUUCUGGGUGGCACGGUCUUCCGCGAGCCAAUCAUCUGCAAGAACAUUCCUCGUCUUGUCCCCGGUUGGACGAAGGCAAUCACAAUAGGCAGACAUGCAUUUGGUGACCAGUACAAAGCCACAGACUUCGUUGUGGACCGAGCUGGUACCUUCAAGAUGGUGUUUACUCCAACUGACGGAACCUCUGCGAAGGAAUGGGAGGUGUUCAAGUUUACAGCCGGAGGCGUGGGGAUGGGAAUGUACAACACAGAUGAGUCCAUCUCGGGCUUUGCGCAUAGCUGUUUCCAGUACGCCAUUCAGAAGAAGUGGCCCCUCUACAUGAGUACGAAGAAUACUAUUCUGAAGGCUUAUGACGGGCGUUUCAAAGACAUCUUCCAAGAAAUCUAUGAGAAGAACUACCAGCCUGAAUUUGAAAAGCUGAAGAUUUGGUAUGAGCAUCGCCUGAUUGAUGACAUGGUAGCGCAGGUGCUCAAGUCUUCUGGUGGCUUUGUCUGGGCCUGCAAGAACUAUGAUGGAGAUGUGCAGUCUGACAUCCUGGCUCAAGGUUUUGGCUCCCUUGGAUUAAUGACUUCUGUCCUGGUUUGCCCGGAUGGGAAGACGAUUGAAGCAGAGGCUGCUCAUGGCACAGUUACUCGCCAUUACCGGGAACAUCAAAAGGGGAAUCCUACCAGCACCAAUCCUAUUGCCAGUAUCUUUGCCUGGACCAGAGGAUUGGAGCACAGGGGCAAACUGGAUGGCAACCAGGACCUUGUCAAGUUCGCCUCAACUCUGGAGAAGGUUUGUGUGGAGACCGUAGAAAGUGGUGUAAUGACCAAGGAUCUCGCGGGAUGCAUUCAUGGAGGCUUCAGCAAUGUACGGUUAAAUGAACAUUAUGUCAACACCACUGACUUCUUGGACGCCAUCAAGACCAACCUUGACAAAGCCUUGGGAAACUGA